AUGUUUCAAGGGCAGCGGGGUUGGUUCUGCCGCAGCGUCGGCGGAGACCUGAGGCAAUUCUGGGUGGCCGAAGGGGGGACAAUCAGUGACCUGAGGGCCGCCGACUUCUUGUUCAGCUGUGAUGCUUCCCACCCAGACACGCUGAGAGUGUAUCAGAGCCUCGAUUACAUAGACGAUAAUGCUACAGUUUUUCAUGCCUACUAUCUCUCUGCAGUAGCUAAUGCUGAAAUUAAAAAUUCAGUGGCCUUAGGUCAUUUCGUUCUUCCUCCUGCAUGCCUGCAAGAAGAAAUAAGAAGAAAAAUUGGUAGUUUUAUUUGGGAACAAGACCAAGAUUUUCUGACAGAAAAGGAUGGUGAAGUAACGUCAAAUGAAAUAAACGCCCUUAAGGAAAGUAGUGAACUAGUCACAGAUCACAAAAAAGAAUUAAAAAGCACAGAAAAGCAUUUUAUAAGGACUCCAGUUGUAGCAAAGCAGAUGUACUUCCCUCUUCAGAAUUAUCCAGUGAACAACAUGGUAACAGGCUAUAUAUCAAGUGAUGCCAUGAAGAAAUUCCAUGGGGAGCUACAUGACUUUAUUCCUGGAAGUUCAGGAUAUUUGGCAUACCAUGUUCAAAAUGAAAUUAAUAUGUCUACUAUAAAAAAUAAAUUGAGGAGGAAAUAUUAA